AUGGAAGUUUCUAUCGCGUGUAUCACACGAAGUAUUCUUGAUUUUGAUUUUGAAAAACUAUGUUCAAUUACAUUGUCAAAUAAUAAUGUUUAUGCAUGUUUAGUAUGUGCAAAAUAUUUUCAAGGUCGUGGACAAAAGUCGUACGCUUUUACUCAUAGUGUUAAAACUGAUCAUCAUGUUUUUAUUAAUUUACAUACAUUACAAUUUUAUUGUUUGCCCGAUAAUUAUGAAAUAAUCGAUUCAUCACUGGAUGAUAUCAAGUAUGUUCUAGAUCCAACGUAUACAAAAGAACAUAUUCAACAAUUGGAUAAAAAUGCAAAAUUAGUUCGUGCCUAUGAUGGAACAUUAUAUUUGCCCGGCAUUGUUAGUCUUAAUAAUAUAAAAGCAAAUGAUUAUUGUAAUGUUAUUUUGCAAGCAUUAAUCAAUGUUAGUCCACUACGUAAUUUUUUUCUUGAAGAGGAAAAUUAUGCAAAUAUCAGAGUUGCACCAGGAGAUAUUAUGGUAAAUUUGGUCAAACGUUUUGGCGAACUAGUGAGAAAAUUAUGGAAUCCCAAAAACUUUAAAGCGCACGUUUUACCACAUGAGAUGUUACAAGCAGUUGUCAAGUGUAAAAAAUCGAAUAUACCACGUCAAUUCACUAAAGACAAAUGUGUUAUUGUAGAUGAUGAUAUUAAAACGUUGUUAGGUUAG